AUGAUCAGCGAAGCGCCCAGGAACGACGACGUGGAGAGUGAGAGUAGGAGAUCGACUCCAGCUUCCAAGGCCUCCUACCCUGAUAAAGUUAAACACCAUAGGAAAGAUUCUCCUGCUUCAACAAGCAAAAAUGUAAGAAGGUCGCAGGGGGAAAAGGAGCCUGAUUAUGGGGGAGGAAGACUGAAUGAGAUCAUCACAAACGCCGUCAUUCUCCUGCUGGGGUGGUGUGCAGCCUGGGCCAUCGCGGGCCCCGAAGUCCUCCCCGGCGGGAGCCUGUUCGGCCUGAUCAUCAUCUUCUACAGCGCCAUCCUCGGGGGGAAGCUGCUGGAAUGCAUCUCCAUCCCUUCAGUGCCGCCUCUCCCGCCUCUCCUCGGGAUGUUGCUGGCUGGUUUUGCUAUCAGAAAUAUCCCAUUCCUCAACAAAAUCGUCUCUGUCAACUCCGCGUGGUCUUCGACGUUAAGAAACAUGGCCCUCACUGUCAUCCUCGUACGAGCUGGACUUGGUCUUGACCCUCAGGUUCUGAAGACCAUGAAGGGGGUGUGCCUGAGGCUGUCCAUCGGGCCCUGCCUGACUGAGUCCUUGUCUGCUGCCAUCAUCUCCCACUACCUCCUGGGCUUUCCCUGGGAGUGGGGCUUUCUAGUAGGUUUUGUAGUGGGCGCCGUCUCGCCCGCGGUGGUCGUGCCGUCCAUGAUCAUGCUGCAGGAGAAGGGCUACGGCAUCCAGAAAGGCAUCCCCACCUUGCUGAUGGCCGCCAGCAGCCUGGACGACAUCCUGGCCAUCACCGGCUUCAACAUCUGCAUCAGCCUGAUCUUCUCCACAGGUACCGUCAUGCAUAACAUCCUGGGUUCUGUCCGGGACAUAAUUAUUGGUGUGCUGAUAGGAGCUGCCUUGGGAAUUUUUGUUCGAUAUUUUCCAAGUAGAGACCAGGAGCAUGUCCACCUGAAGAGAGCCUUCCUGAUCCUCGGCCUGUGCAUCUCGGCCGUCCUGGGCAGCAUCCGUGUGGGCCUGCAUGCCGCGGGGGGCCUCUGCACGCUGGUGCUCACCUUCAUGGCCGGGCUGAGCUGGGCCGCAGAGAAGGUCAGCGUCCAGCACGUGAUCGCUGUUGCCUGGGAUGUUUUCCAACCCCUUCUCUUUGGCUUGGUUGGAUCAGAAAUCAAUGUUUCAGCUCUAGAGACAAAUGCUCUUGGCACAGCUGUUGCUACUGUAAUUUUGGCAGUAUCGGCUCGAGUUUUCUUCACAUUUUUAUUGAUGAGUUUUGCUGGUUUUAAUAUUAAGGAGAAAUUAUUCAUUGCUUUAGCAUGGCUUCCGAAAGCUACAGUCCAGGCUGUGCUGGGUCCCCUGGCCUACGAGACCGUGAGGGCCAUCAACAAGUUCGAGCUGGAGCAGUACUCCAAGGACGUAAUGACCGUGGCCUUCCUGGCCAUCCUGAUCACGGCUCCCAACGGGGCACUCAUCAUCGGCAUCCUGGGGCCCAAAGUGCUCACACGCCAUGACCCACGCGACUUCAAGGGAGAGCUGAUGACCGUAUUGCACCAUUAAAAUGUUUAUUUUCUAUCA